CAUUAAAUUUUACUUGAAUUUAAUUGAAUUCAGUAACCAUAGGCCUCCUAUUUAUCAUCAGACAUAAAUAUAACCACUUGCAAGUUGUCGACUUCCGUUACCUUUCUAGUGUUUCAUUAUUAAAUAUCACAACCGUGACGUCCAUCUUUGUUUUACGUUGGGUCCAGUGUGUUCGGUCAACGUUCGCUAGCUAUGCCCGUUAAAUUCGUCUUUAGAAAUGUCUUCAAGAUAACAACAUUUGUGUACCAAACAAAGACGAGAGGAAAAACGAAAUGAAAAAAAGAAUUCUCUUUCACAGUCCUUUGACCUUAACGGUAAUUUUUACGUGGACGUUAUGGGAAACGUAUAAAUAGUGGCGGUAAGCAAGCUCUUGUUCAGAAAAGUAUCGCGAUUGAGAACGAGAAAAGUAGAAGUAGUAAGUUGCCUGCAAUGCGGACUUGGUUAACAGCAGUGCUUAUCAUCGCGACCCUGAGUGGUAGUUCGGGAACCUACGAUGCUAGCGAUGCUUGGCGCCAAAUGAGUGGACUAACUGACCAUUCGGCUACCUUUUCGGCGAUGACGAGUCAUGAAGAAGGUACGAGUUCUCCAAUAUCGUCGAGAGCAGCUGAUUCGAAGGCCGCCGCUUCCUCCUACGGGGGAGGAGGUUACGGUGGAGGAAGUUAUGGACACGGUGGAGGAGGUUAUGGACACGGAGGAGCUAGUUAUGGUGGAGGAUAUGGUCAUGGGGGAGGAGGAGGAUACGGACAAGGAGGGUCGUAUUUGAACACAUCAGCCGUAUCUCUGUUGGGCUUCCUUUACCUACUCAAUUUGAUACAGGACAUCCUUAACCAAAUAACUACGACAACAGCAGCUGCUACCGGCCGGAAGAAAAGAGCCAUUUCAGAUCCAUUCCAAGAAUGGUUUACCAAUCUCGGCCAGGGAGGGAUUCAGACCUUGACUUACGAAGUUGCAGCCACCAUUCUUCCACUUUUGAAUGAUUUUACUGAACAUCACGAUCUCCAACGGCCACUUGUCUGCUUCCAAAGGUCCGUCUGUUCAGCCAAUAGACGACUAGUAUCCAACUACGGCCAAUUGGGCAAGGUCUUUGGCAAACUGGGCAGUGAGGCAGUUCUGGAACGUUUUCAAUCAUUCUAUCCGGAAGGAACCUUCACCGAGGCUGCGAUUCAUGGUCGAAAUUUGGCUGAUUGCUACAAAAUCUACAACGAAUGCAAAUUGGAUUGAAGAUAAUCAAGACAAAGCAGAUGAGAAUAUUUUUUUUUUCGUUAUUCAUUCGAGUCUCUUUCCAUCCGGAUUUGCGUCAUUGUUUGAAACUCGAGACUGAAGAAAUUGCACACGUCAUACGAAUAAGAUUGUUUAGUUUUGUUUUCCUUCAUAGAGAGGUGAGAAAUUAAGACACGAUGGGCACGGGGGUAGGGAGAAAAAAAGAAUUGUACAACGACCUUACUUAAAUAAGAACUACCGGAUCACUUCAUA